AUGGCUGCUAACCAGGCACGCAUAGCCCAAGCGGUUACCGUAAGCCUAAAAGACCUUGAGAAUGGCGCCAUCUCGUUCGACACCCUUACUGAAGCCUUCGGUCCAUCCUCUCUUGGAAUCAUCAUCGUGAAAGACCUGCCCGAGAACUUUGUCCAGCUACGCAAACAAGUCCUUUCAAGCGCAUCCUGCCUAGCAGCUCUUCCACCUAAGGAACUAGAAUCGCUCGAAAGCCCCGAAUCCAAAUACCUAGUAGGCUGGUCCUGUGGUAAGGAAACCCUCAAAUCAGGUCACUUCGACACACUCAAGGGUUCAUAUUACGUCAACUGCGCAUUCUACCAAGAUCCAAGCCUAGACAGCGCCCCAGCGGACGGUUUCCCCGAUCUGCCACAAUACACAGCUCCCAACAUCUGGCCUUCACCAGAAUGUCUCCCAACAUUCAGAUCCAACAUCGAGAAUCUCUGCUCAUUGAUCAUCAAGACCGCGGGACUGGUAGCACGUGCUUGUGAUCAAUACGCCGAGGCUAAUAUCGACGAUUACAAACCGGGCUAUUUACAGCGUGUCGUGGAGACAAGCCUCACCACCAAAGCUCGACUCUUGCACUAUUUCCCCGCUGAAAACCAGUCUGCUUUUGAGGAGGAAGACAAAAGUGACGAUGAUUGGUGCGCUACCCAUAUCGAUCACGGUUGUCUAACGGGUCUUACAUCUGCCAUGUUCCUCGAUGAAGCUGCUACUCCCCCGACGCUCGACCCGUCGUCUCUGGCUGAACUUUCCAAUUCUCCCGAUCCGGCUGCGGGAUUGUAUAUUCGCUCCCGGGAGGGUGAGGUGGUUAAAGUUAAUAUUCCUAAGGAUUGUCUCGCGUUCCAGACUGGGGAGGCACUUCAGUUGAUUACGAGGGGGAAGUUCCGAGCUGUGCCACAUUUUGUGAAGGGGGCGAAGUGUGCAGAGGGACGGAUUGCGAGGAAUACGUUGGCGGUGUUUACGCAGCCGAAUUUGGGGGAAGAAGUUGAGGCGGGUUUGAGUUUUGCGGAGUUUGCGAGGGCGGUUGUGCAGAAGAAUUAUUAG